AAGUAUGUGAUAAGGAUAAGAUACACAUUUACAAUAAAAUGCUGCUCAGCAAAAAAUGUAUCUUCAUAGUCUAGCAGUGAUCGCAACAUGUCGUCCACUAAAUUGGCUCUUAAUAGUAUAGUGAUACUAUUCUUCGUAUCAACUGCUGUGUCCGAUACGGUACCCCAUCCUAUUUCCAACAGUUGGAAAAAAGCCAUAAAUCAUGUAAAAAUGGCAUGUUUGGCAGAAGGAGAUGGUACUACGCCACACGAUGUUGCAGAAAUGGUUAAAACAUGGAACAUACCCGAGUCGAUGAAGUGCUUUAUGGAUUGUGUGUACAAGAAAAAUCAUUUUGUUGACAAAAACGGGCAUUUUACUGACGAACUCCUUGAUUAUAAAGGAAUGACCAGAGAAAAUAUACAAGGGUGCGAGGAUGCUGUUCAAACUUCAAACAAAGAUUCAUGCGACCGGGUAUACGAUUUUUGCAAGUGUAUCGUCAAGGACAUAAAGGACAAACAUUGAUAGAGGUGUCGGGUUAAAUACACUUACCAUUUUAGUUAAUAAAAUUGUAAGUUCAGUGUGCUAAUAGAUAAAUUAUGUGUUAUUUUUUA